AUGAAAUUCGUACCUUUAUCAAAGUUCCUGAGUACCAUUCCUUCCCCGAAAGGUGUUGUAGUGACAAACGCCCCUCCAUGUGCCCAAAUCGGGGGUGCCAUUUUAAGAAAAGGUGGUACCGCGGUGGAUGCAGCCAUAGCCGCCAUGUUAAGCGAAGGAGUCGCCGCACCCAACACCAUGGGUGUAGGUGGUGGUUUUAUCAUGACCAUUUACAAAAAAGACACAGGGGUGGUUCAUACCCUGGAUUCCAGAGAAGUGGCACCGUUGGCGGCAACCGAAGACAUGUUUGGCAGUGACACCAAUCUUUGCACUAGGGGAGGUUUAUCUGCUGCAGUACCCGGAGAGCUGAAAGGGUACUGGGAGGUUUACCAAAAGCACGGGGGAGCAGUACCAUGGAAGGAUUUACUCCAACCAAGCAUAGAUUUGUGUAAAAACGGAGUUCCGAUUAGUACUUUUGUGAAAAGAAUAGCCGCGCUGGACGUCGAGGUGUUGUCAAAUGAUGAGGGUUUAAAAAAAAUGUUUGUAGAUCCGGAGACAAGUAAGCCGUAUGAAUACAUCAAGCGACCAUGGUUGAGGAAAACUCUAGAAGAAGUGGCUACUGGAGGCGCUGAUGUGUUAUACGGAGGAAAACUAACCCAAAAGUUUGUCGACGACAUCAGAGACAACGGAGGCAUAAUCACCGAAGACGAUAUGACUUGUUACAAACCGGAAUGGAAAACACCCAUUCAGAUGGACCUCCCGUGUGGGCAAACCCUCUACACUUCGCCCCUUCCAGGCUGCGGCUUAGUCCUCGCCCUAAUUUUAAACAUCCUUCAGGAUUUUCUCGACCUAUCACACCCGUCAUCCACAAACAACUUUAGUAAAAUCGUCGAAAGUUUUAAAUUUGCGUUUGGUCAAAGAACGAAACUCGGUGACCCCAAUUUCGCCGACUUUAGUACCUUAAUCCGUAGACUCACGUCCGUGGAUUACGCCCGCACAAUCAGGGAACUCGUACCAAACCAAACCUGUCAAGACCCGACCUUUUACGGUGCCAAAACCACUGGUACUAUCAUUUCAGACGCCACUACUGCCAACAUUUGUGUCGUGGCACCCAACGGAGACGCAGUGGUAGCAACCAGUAGCAUCAAUUUUGACUGGGGGGCCGGCUUUAUGUCAAAAAGUACCGGAAUCAUUUUGAAUAACACCAUGGAUGAUUUUUCGUCGCCGACGAUUUUGAGCGGGUACCGAUUACCACCGUCACGUGUCAAUUUUAUCCAACCCGGAAAGCGACCUUUAUCGUCAAUGUGCCCUAGUAUAAUUCUUGACAAAAAUGGCGACGUAGAAAUGGUGGUGGGGGCUGCUGGAGGCCCUAAGAUCAUCACGUCGGUCGCUUUGGUCAUCAUUAAACACUUGUGGUUCGAUUUGGGUCUUCAGGAGGCCGUUUCGAGUCAACGCUUCCAUCAUCAGUUGUUUCCGAUGAAGAUACAGUUCGAACAAAAUAUGGAUUUGGUGGAUGCUCUUCACCAAUUGGGGCACGACUACGAAAUUCAAACCCGUCUUGGGUUCAAUGCAGUGACUGCCAUCUCCCGAAAAAGCGGUACUUUGGAAGCCGCUUUCGAUCCACGACGCGGCGGACAAAAAGAUUUCGUGUUUUAACACUACUUUAUUACAAAAAUAC